GCAAGCUGCAUGGACCCGCAGCAGCGGCUGCUGCUGGAGGCAACAUACGAAGCAAUCGAAAUGGCAGGGCUCUGUACCAAACGGCUGCAGCAGCAGCAGCAGCAGCAGCAAACCCACCACGUGCGGCAGCAGCAGCAGCAAAGUGCAUUGGAGGAAAUAG